CACAACCCAAGAAAUUUCAUACAAAUUUACAACCAAACACAAUCAAUACACGGUAUAGAUAACAUAUAUCAAUCUAACUAUCGAUCUCGUAAAAAGAAGAGGGCCAAGAAUAGACCCUUGUGGCACACCCUACACUAUAACCUGCGAGACUGAAUUUGGCCUCAUGUAAACGUGUGAAUGUCAUUGUUCAGCGCCCUGCUGGAGAAGAGCAAGUUGUGCAACAGUUCCGAACCAUUGAGCAGUUUGGCUUUCUCCUGUUGCGCUAUGAUGAUGCUUAGUGAAGGCAAUGAAACCAGCACUUCUCUUCUUCACAGGUCAAGUUGAGAGGAGACCCGCCAAGAAGUCUGUAACCAUCUCCAAAACAUCAGCGGACGGCGAUCCUCACUUUGUGGUGGACUUUCCUGUCAGCAAGACGGCCGUCUGCUUCAACAUCAACGGCGAGCCCGGUCGUGUCCUCCGCCUGCUUUCCGAUCACAAAUUCUCCGGCGUGACGGUGAACGGCAAACUCGUCGGCACGCCGGCCCCGCCGGGUAGUCGCAAGCGUCAGCGCACCUACUUUGGCAGCAUCGCCGUGGUGGCCGACCGCCCCCGCCGCACCUACAUCGAGGUGACGCCCACCAAGGUCAUCCUGGACGGGCCGGACCGCCUGGUACUGCCGUGCCACUCGAGCGCCUCCGUGGAAAGCGGCGCACUGUCGGUGGCGCUCGUCGGCGGCAGCAACGUGACGGUGAGCGUCGGCGGCAACGUCAGCUUGGUGGUCCUGCUGCACCACUACAAGAACCCGGCGCCCUACCAGCGAGACCACUUGGGCUUCUACAUCCAAGACAGCCAGGGCCUAUCACCGAGCUGCCGUGGCCUUCUGGGCCAGUUCCUGCAUCAAGAGGUGAGCGUGGUGGAAGCAGUUCCCGGUGAGAAUCCCUUGUCCGCACUCUUGAAGGUAAAGGGCCGCUCAGUGCCGGUGGUCCGCAAGAGCCGACGCAUCCACGGCGGCGCACAGAGCGUGGACUGCUGGUUCGCCAAGAACAACGGCGCCAAACUCCUGGACGGACGCUACGAGGACUACGUCGCGUCACACGUGUUCGACACGGGCGAGGGGCCGCAGGGCAGCAAUGCGGCGUGACAGCCCCGCACUGGCACACCAGAUCGGCUCGGUCCAGGUACUGUCGAACUUGUGGGAAAUUAUCUUUGAAUAAGACAGGAGAACGGUGGCAACAUGCACGAAGGGUAUUCCUUCACCAUUGACGGAAACAGCAAAAACUGUCCAGUAUCCGAGUAUUUUCCCUUAUCUUUUUCUGUUGGACUGAUGGCUCAAUUUUUCAUGCCUUUGGAACCUUAUUUUAUACACACUAAUCGAAUUUGGCAGCCAUGCCAACACUCUACUUUGUUACAACAACCUGACGAAUAUCUUUUUUUCUCACACACUUGAAAAGUGUGAAAUAUAACUAUUCUUUUUGGUCUUUUGCUGUUACGAUGCUUUGAAUUUCGUCGUUAG